GAUAUUGUUUUCAAUUUUAGCCUAUUUUGAUAAAUUACAGAUGAAAUAUUACAAAAAUAAUGGGCCUUACUGAAAUCAAAGCCCAUUUACAAGUCGAAUAGAUUCCUAAUUCCUUGCGCAUAAAACGAAGAAAGACUCUUAGCAUUUUCCUUUUCAAGUGGGAGAUUGGGAGAAUAGAAUAAAAUUACGCAGUGUAAUUUAGGGCUCUUCCACCUGCGCAUUUUCAGAUCAGGUAAAAUGCCUCGAUACGAUGACCGUUAUGGAGGAACCCGCCUCUAUGUAGGCCAUCUUUCUUCCAGGACCCGCACCCGUGACUUGGAGCACGUAUUUAGCAGAUAUGGGAGAGUACGUGAUGUGGACAUGAAGCGUGAUUAUGCAUUUGUGGAAUUCAGUGAUCCUCGAGAUGCUGAAGAUGCCAGGUAUAGCUUACAUGGAAGGGAUUUUGAUGGGAGUCGCAUUAUAGUGGAGAUUGCCAAAGGGGUACCCCGUGGUGCUGGCGGAUAUCGUGAUGUCGGGUAUCGUGAUACCGGCUAUCGUGACGGUGGAUCUCGUGAUUACAUGGGCCGAGGCCCCCCUCCAGGAGCGGGACGUUGCUUCAAUUGUGGCCUUGAUGGGCAUUGGGCUCGAGAUUGCAAGGCUGGGGACUGGAAGAACAAAUGCUACCGUUGUGGGGAUCGAGGACAUAUAGAAAGGAACUGUCAAAACAGCCCUAAGAAGCUGAGUGGACGUGGGCGGAGUUACUCUCGCUCACCAUCCCCACCUCGCAAAAGGAACCGAAGCCGUAGUCACAGCAGGGGUCGUAGUUACAGCCGGUCGAGAUCACCUGUGAAAAGGGAGCGAAACAUUGAGCGGGAAGAGAGAAGGUCCAGGAGCCCCUCGAUGCAUAAUAACAAGUCUUCAUCACCACCAGCAUCACCAAAUGGACAAAAGCCUAGCCCCACACCUGAAAAAAGAAGCCCCCAAGAAAGAGGAAUGCCAUCCCCAAGGGACUACAACAUGCCAGUCAAUGGUGAGUAUGACGGGAGCCCCAAGGAGGAGGAUGAAACUGAAAGGGACGACCCAAGAUAUGAUGAUGAUGAUGAUGCUGAUGCUGAUGCUGAUGAGAAGACUAGCAGUCCCCAGGAAGAUAAUGGGCGCUCUCGUAGUAAUAGCCCUAUCCCUAUGGAUAAUAAUGCUAGUCCCCAGGAUGAAGAUGAGUAUGAUGAGGAAAAACAUGGGUCUCCGAGGGAGGAGAGCGUGUCCCCUUGAUUUGGUUCAUGUUAUAUAUGUGUUGCAACUAUGUGUAUUUUAGAACCAUAAUUGUUUUAUACCAGCAAGACUUGAAACAUAUUUUUUGAUGAGGUUUUGAACUAAUUUUGUGUAAUUUGAGGCUCAUUGUGCUACAAUCAUUAAUAAACCUAUGGUUGC